UCCCGUCAUUCCUUGGGCUCCCCUGUUGCUAGGUGAUUACCUACAGCCGCCCGAAGUCUCGCGAGGGUGGGCCCGUUACCCCAGUAACGGGGGGUUAUACAGCCACAGUAGCGCUCCUUCAGCCCCUGGACCCCGGGUAUCUCCGGAAGAAGUCGAGAUAUUCUCCCCGCGCGAAGAGACGACUGUCCUGGCCGAGGACUCGAGGCGGGAGAGGCCGGCGGAGUCGCAGUGGUGAAGUGCCGAGGAGCAUAGCGAGCUCGGAGGCGGGGCCCUUGCGGGAAGCGAGCGCACCGAGACAGCCCCCCGAAAAAUGAGCUCUUCCCCACAUUGCCCGGUCCUAAAGAAGUGAGUGUGGCAGGAGGACGGUGCCGACUGGCGUCGUAGUUUAAUCUGAUCAUGCUGCUUCCCACCAGGAAACCCAACGAAGCCAGCGUGCCGGCGCCACGACCUUCGGGGCAUGCGCGCGCCCGCACGGCCGGUCGGUAGACGCAGCCCAGCGCCUUCAACAGCUGUGUGGCUUUCCCGAAGCUGAGGGUUUAUCCGCAGCAGGUCCGCGCGACGGUGUGCCCCUGUGCGCGGUAGCCAACCCAGUUUUCGAGUUGCGAUCCCGGGACUGAAAUGUCACUCUUAAAACCGAAAGUGUCACCCUGAGGCAGUCUUCUCUAUUGCAGUUUUAGGAACUUGCUAUGGAGAGUCUGUCCACGGUUCGAAACGCGGUUUUUGAAGAGAGGAGCGGCACAAACCUAUAGAUUCUAUACCUUCCUUUGGUCUCUCACAGACUAGAAUCUUAAGGAAUCUCAAUUAUCCCAUUGUGUUAAUAACCGUCACGUGGGAAGCCUACCCACAUAAGGAAAGAAAUUGCAAGCAAAUGUUGGAAAAGAUGUCAGAAGACUCAGAGAAGGAAGACUAUUCAGAUAGAACAAUCAGUGAUGAAGAUGAAUCAGAUGAGGAUACAUUCGUGAAAAUUGUAAGUGGAGAUCUUCAUCGGUGUACAUUUUUAACAGCUGACUGUUUUGGUGACCCAUUCUUCCCCCGGACUACACAGAUACUGUUGGAAUAUCAGCUGGGGAGAUGGGUACCACGCCUUCGUGAACCACGAGAUUUAUAUGGUGUCUCUUCUUCUGGUCCACUGAGCCCAACACGGUGGCCAUACCACUGUGAAGUCAUUGAUGAGAAAGUCCAGCAUAUUGAUUGGACUCCUUCCUUUCCUGAGCCAGUAUAUAUCCCAACAGGCCUAGAAACUGAACCCCUUUAUUUGAACUCCAAGGAAGAUACUGUGGUUUAUCUAGCUGAAGAUGCUUACAAAGAGCCCUGUUUUGUGUAUUCCCGAGUUGGGGGCAACCGAACACCCUUGCAGCAGCCUGUGGAUAAUUGCGACAACACUUUGAUGUUUGAAGCAAGGUUUGAGAGUGGUAAUCUACAGAAGGUAGUCAAAGUGGCAGAAUAUGAAUACCAGUUGACUGUGCGCCCUGAUCUCUUCACCAAUAAACACACCCAGUGGUACUAUUUCCAAGUCACUAAUACCAAAGCAGGAGUAGUCUACAGAUUCACUAUUGUCAACUUUACCAAGCCUGCCAGUCUUUACAAUCGGGGCAUGCGCCCACUAUUCUAUUCUGAGAAAGAAGCCAAGGCUCAUAAUAUUGGCUGGCAGAGAAUAGGAGACCAAAUCAAGUAUUAUAGGAACAAUCUGGGACAAGAUGGACGCCAUUAUUUCUCUCUUACAUGGACUUUUCAAUUCCCACACAACAAAGACACCUGCUACUUUGCUCACUGCUAUCCAUACACUUACACCAACCUGCAAGAUUACCUUUCUGGCAUCAAUAGUGACCCAGUAAGGUCAAAGUUUUGUAAAAUACGUGUCUUGUGCCACACACUUGCUAGGAACAUGGUGUAUGUUUUAACAAUCACUACUCCCUUGAAGAACACGGACUCAAGAACACGAAAGGCUGUGAUUUUGACUGCAAGGGUCCAUCCAGGAGAAACCAACAGUUCAUGGAUUAUGAAAGGCUUCCUAGAUUAUAUUUUAGGGGACUCAAGUGAUGCACAGUUGCUUCGAGACACUUUCAUCUUCAAGGUGGUGCCCAUGCUGAAUCCAGAUGGUGUGAUUGUGGGAAAUUACCGAUGUUCUUUAGCUGGACGUGACUUAAACCGUAACUACACGUCACUCCUAAAGGAAUCUUUUCCUUCUGUUUGGUAUACCCGGAACAUGAUCCAUAGGUAAAAUAAGUCUCAAAUU